AAAGUCACCAAGAUCUCAACCUCUACUGCAGAACACGAGCAAAGAAGCAGGGAAAAAUUACAAGGUGACAGAAGAAGAAAGGAAGCAGAAAAUGAAGGAUGCCACUGACUUGCAGAGUCUGGAAUACCAAUUUGAUGGCCGGGCUCAAGACCCCAUCUCUGGCCAGUAUUACCUGUUUGACAGCAGCACUGGAGCAUGGCGUUGGGUGUGAGCAUGGAGGAAAAUGAAGAGCCAGCUUUCUGGACACCAGCAACUCUUUCUUUGGUAUCUGCUGCCUAUGCUG